UUUGCAAUUGGUUCUGCAAUUGAAUGUAUGUUAUUUCAUCCUUAUCUAUGUGAAUGCAUGCACUGAGAAGAGCCUAAUUUUGCUGUUGUGUCUACCUUCCAUAGAAAUGGAAAUUUUUAUCAGGGAAAGCGAGAGAUGAGGGAGUUUCCUCAAAGUGGUGUGUAUGGUUUCACAGGGCUCUACAUAUGUUUGCAAGUUUUAAUAUGUUGACAAAAGGGAAAAUUAUAAAUUUAUAUAGAUAGAAAGAAUAUUUAAAUUAUAGAAAAGCAGGAUCCUGGAAGACUUUCUUUCAGGAUGUAGUAAAAUACUACUUCUGCAUCUGCUAAAUCUACUGGUGGGGCAAAAAACUUUUUGAGAGAGCUCUUGUGAGACAGACCACUAGAGCAAGAGCAAGGUAAUGUUGUAAGAGAGCAGAGUUUGUGAAAACGCAGUGAUUCAGAGAAGUCAUAAAGAAAAUACCUGCUCAUAAGUGGAGUCUAUUCAAUCCUGUUUUAUCUUUAAAUUAUAUGUUACAAUAUUUUCCUCUUCUUUAAAAUUAAAAAGUAUAGAUUUUUAAGAGAUUCUGUGCAUCAUGAAUAAUAGAAAAAGUUGUAGCUUUUGUGCAAACACAUAUAACCUACCUCCUGAGAUUUUAAUGUUUGUGUCAGGAUUCUUUCAGGGGCUCAUCCCAUCUUAGAGCUAGGCAAGAAAAGACCUGCCUGGUAAUUUGAGUGGAGAUUUGCAAGGCGGCAGGAGGAAAGAGAAAGGGAAGAAGGGAAGCAGGCACUGCAAGAGGCAGUGUGGAUGACUCAACACAUGGCACACUUCUGAGUCAGGCUGGUGAACAGGGGAACAUGGCAGCAAAAACACUGUUUUCAUGUAACAUUGCAACAGCAUUUCUGUCUUUAAUUAUUGCAAUGAAUCUGUGCCAGUCGAACUCUGCAGUUCUGGUCAUUACAUCUCAGAAAGAUGGUAUCAGAAGAGGUGGAGAGAUGAGUGACAGUGUUGUCUGAUAUGGGAUGGCUUCCAUAUGAGAAGUCUCCAAAUGAGGAGGACUCUGAGAGAAAUGUGAAGCCUAUGAUGUGAUGUUAAAGCAUAGUCUUGUGCCUGAUGGGCAGCCUCUUGCUAUUAAAUGUUCACUGGAAAAGAGCUUGAAAAGUGGAGACUACAACUUAACAUGGUAUAAAGUUGGUAACAAGAGAGCUGUGCCUAGAGACAAACUGUCUAGAGUUCAUCAGCAGAAGAAUCUGAUUUGGUUUCUUCCUGCCAUGUUAGAAGAUUCUGGAGAUUAUGAAUGUGUCAUAAGGAAUUUGACAAGCUGCAAAAAAAUGUGUACAAAAGUAACAGUUUUUGAGAGGAUUGAUGGUUUAUGCUUAAAUGAAAAAUUUGCUGUAGAGGAGGUGAUAUUCACAUCAUCUUCUGCAAAGGUCGUUUGUCCUCACUUGGAUUAUUUCAGGACAGAGAAGAAUAUUCAUCCUGUUCGUUGGUAUAAGGACUGCCAGCUGCUGAAAGGAAAAAGGUUUGCCCUUUCAAACAGUGACCUUAUAAUUUUCAAUGUGACUGUACAUGAUGGAGGAAACUACACAUGUGAAACAACAUAUACCUACAAUGGGAAACAAUAUAAUAUUUCACGAGACAUCAGUCUGGUUGUAGAAGUGACCCCACCAAAAAAGCCUCCAGAAAUAACUUACCCAAGAAACAACUCCAUUGAAGUGGAACUUGGAUCACAGGUUACUGUGGAUUGCAACACCACAGGUGCUGAUGGGUAUGAGGUGUACUGGACAGGCAACGGUGUGUAUAUUGAUGUGUUUUAUAUGAGCAGAAUUUUUGCAAGUCCCUAUGAGGGAGAAACUUCUUACGACGGGCGCCCUAUGCAUUCCGUGAAGCUAAUAAUUUCAGAAGUAAGGAGUGAAGACUAUGAACAGCCUUUUGUCUGUCAAGCUUCAAAUGCCUUUGGGCAAGUCGCAUCCUAUAUUAUAUUUAAACACAGAGUUCCUGACAUACGAAGAUGGCUGACUGGAGCGCUUGUCUCUUUGUUAAUUUUAACAUUUAUUACUUUAAUAAUCUUCAAGAUUUUCAAGAUUGAUUUGGUACUGUGGUACCGUAAUUCUGUCUGUGCCCUUACAAGUAAGGAAGAUGGGAAAAUCUAUGACGCAUAUGUCCUGUACACAAAAAGCAGUGAAGACAUGAGCAUAUGUUGUCUGGAAACCUUUGUUCGUAGGAUACUCCCAGAUGUUUUAGAAAAACAAUGUGGAUAUAACCUUUUCAUAUUAGGAAGGGAUGAUUUACCAGGAGAAGCUGUGGUCAGUGUUGCUGAUGAAACCCUUAAGCAAAGCAGAAGACUGAUGAUUAUUUUGGGAUCAGAAACAUCUAGGGGCUGCCUGUUGGAAGACACCUCUGAGCAACAGCUAGCUAUGUAUAAUGCUCUCAUCCGUGAUGGGAUUCAAGUAAUUCUUAUAGAAAUGGGUGAAAUACAGGACUACACGAGCAUGCCAGAAUCAAUCAGAUUCAUUAAGCAAAAACAUGGAGCUAUUCAAUGGAAAGGAGACUUCUCAGAGAAAUCUUGUUCAGCAAACACAAGAUUCUGGAAAAAUGUGCGCUAUCAAAUGCCAUCCAGGAAAAAGGCAUCUAAUUCUGAAGUGUAUUCAUUGUCCCUAAUGUCAAACAGUUCUGCAGCAAAGGAAAGUUAAGAAGAAAUUAUUUAAAUAAUAGUAAGAAGAUAAUUCUGAAUUGGGAUGUUUCUUGCAUAUACUUUAUACUACAAAGUAGAUGUUUUCUUUGCAGAGUAGAAACUGCUCAUCUUUUCCAUAAAUUACACCCUAAAAGAAAAAACUCUGUGCAACUUUAUUUCUGUGACAGGUAUUGGAUAGUGACAAAAUUUGUUAUGUUAGUCUCCAUCAAAUAUUGUAAGUAAACAUGGUGAUGAUGAUAGGCUAUUAAGUAGCUGUGGUCCACAUAAAUGUUAUAUGAAGAAACAACUGCGAAGUCCAUUUUUUAAAAUCAAAACUGCAGUUGAUAAAUUAAAAGUCUAUUUCUAUCA